GCUUUUCUUCAGUCUGUUACGAAAGAGAUGCCGAGAUGCAAAUUACAAGGGCCAACACCUAUUACUAUUAGCCACUGCCGCCAUUCUCCUUCAGCGUCAUUCACUUUCGCCGUCGCAGCUUCAGCUUUCUUUCUCCACUUCGAAGUCAUUUUCGUUGAUCGGGUAUGCUCUUCCUCACCACGCCAUUGCUUUCGUUUACAGUUGAUGUUCUUCCUCACUGUAGCUGACGCUGUCGUUCACCACUUUGAAGCCAUCAUCGAGGUAGGCUUUUGUAAUUGAAGUUAAGGAGGCAAGGAACCCUAAUUAGCUGCCUAUCCUUUGCCUGUCCAAAUCGUGUCGCCAUUUAUUUACUUCUGGGUAAGGUCAAACAAGAUCAACCCAACGGAAAAGCCGUGACUCGUGAUAGACCUAGAAAAAAUGACAGCCGUAUGGGUUUGGGCAUGACACAUUUUGUUGUAAUCUCACCACAGAAACAACACAAGUGAAGGGUAGUACCUCCCCGAGAACAAAAGGCGUGAGUGAUAAGGGUUACUGGGUCACCAACAGCAGUUCCUCUGUUCCUCUUUCCUAGCAGAAGCUUCUCCUAUCCUCUCUUUCAAGUUUAGACUGAGAAGAAAAGAGCACAAACCCUUCUUCAAACACAUUUUGCUGAAUUGGGUUGUUCUUGAUUUAUGGCUGUAAGGACUACAAGGCAAUUAUUGAGGGAUGUUUUGUAUAAAAGGGUAAUUUCAACUCCUGUUGUAGGUGUUAGACAUUGCUCUUCUGUUGCAGAAACUCCUCCUAAAAUCCCUCACUUCUCCAAAAAAGGGAGGCUGUUGACGGGACUGACCAUAGGACUGGCCAUUGCAGGAGGUGCUUAUGUAAGUACAGUAGACGAAGCAACUUUCUGUGGUUGGCUAUUCAAUGCAACAAAACUUGUCAAUCCAAUUUUUUCCCUUCUUGAUGCUGAGGUUGCUCAUACACUUGCCAUAUCAGCUGCUGCUCGUGGUUGGGUUCCUAGAGAGAAGAGGUCUGACCCUUCUAUUUUAGAAUUGGAAGUGUGGGGAAGGAAGUUCUCCAAUCCUAUAGGUCUUGCUGCCGGCUUUGACAAAAAUGCUGAAGCUAUUGAAGGCUUGCUUGGGUUGGGUUUUGGCUUUGUAGAGGUUGGCUCUGUCACCCCUGUUCCACAAGAGGGUAAUCCGAAGCCACGUAUUUUCAGAUUGCGUGAGGAAAGUGUGAUUAUCAAUCGCUGUGGCUUUAACAGUGAAGGCAUUGUUGUUGUUGCAAAGCGAUUGGGUGCCCAGCAUGGAAAGAGAAUGUUGGAUGAAACUUCAAGCACUUCAUCUUCCCCAAGCUAUGGCAUGAAACAAGGAGGCAAAGCUGGACCUGGCAUUCUUGGGGUUAAUCUUGGAAAGAACAAGACAAGUGAAGAUGCUACUGCAGAUUAUGUACAAGGGGUUCAUACGUUAUCCCAGUAUGCUGAUUACUUGGUUAUUAAUGUUUCAUCGCCCAAUACUCCUGGAUUGCGCAUGCUUCAGGGAAGAAAACAAUUAAAGGACCUUGUUAAGAAGGUUCAAGCUGCUCGUGACGAAAUGCAAUGGGGUGAGGAAGGCCCACCUCCUCUGCUCGUGAAAAUUGCACCUGACUUGUCGAAGGAAGACCUUGAAGAUAUUGCAGCAGUUGCUCUCGCACUCCGCUUAGAUGGACUGAUUAUAUCAAAUACAACCAUAUCAAGGUCAGAUUCUAUAAUGAAGUACCCUGUGGCUGAGGAAGCAGGCGGUUUAAGUGGCAAACCUCUAUUCAGUCUAUCUACCGAUGUCUUAAAAGAGAUGUAUAUUUUGACAAGGGGAAAGAUUCCUUUAAUAGGUUGUGGGGGUAUUAGCAGUGGUGAGGAUGCAUACAAGAAAAUACGAGCUGGAGCGACUCUUGUUCAGCUUUAUACGGCAUUUGCCUAUGGUGGACCUGCCUUAAUUCCUCAGUUAAAGACUGAACUGGCAGAAUGCUUGCAAAGGGAUGGUUUCAAGUCUAUCCUUGAAGCAGUCGGUGCAGAUUGUAGAUAAUACCAUCUGUCUCCAUGUCUUCUAAGAAUGAGUGAGAAGACAACCUAUAUGCAUAGGGUACCAUAACAAAGGUUCUUUAGAUGUCUGUCUCAUUUAUCAAGCAAUGCAUUACCUGGUCAGUACAAUUUUGUUUCGGCUUCGCUCCUCGAGAUCUUUGUUUUUAAGGUUUCAGUGUUUAGGCUGGAGUAGAGAUGUUUGAUUCACUUGUCAAAUACGAGAUCGAUUUUUGGAAGUGAUUUAAUGAGAAAUAGUGGUAAAAGAAUGUUCAUUUUGAUGGUCAGGAUAAUUGCAGAAGGUAUGCUUUGAUGUCAGUGGAUUGCCAAUUGGUGUAUUCGUAAAACUGAUUAUGGAAGGCAUGAUUUGAUAAUAAUGGGUUGAUUGAUAUGGUCGUA